AUGGUACUUAUAAAUGUUGCAUUAGCGCUGCUGAAUUGUUUGCUAGCAGUGCCGAGCUGUUUCGAUCCGAUGGAACGUUGCUUAAAUGGCGGAUGUUCGUGCUCAACAGGUUAUGGUGGUGAAAAGUGCGAAAAAGUUCUCGACCUUUGUGAAGCAUUUCCUCAUUAUUGCAAUGCAGGUACAUGUGUAAGUGUAAACGGAUCUGCUGUAUGUCACUGUUCUAUGGGAUAUUUUGGACAAAACUGCGAAUACACCUUCGAUAAAUGCAAGCUUGGAAAUAUAUGUAGAAAUGGCGGUACUUGUAUUGAUGAUAUCUGCUUUUGUACUGAUGGAUUUAGCGGUGAAGUUUGUGAAAGACAUGUACCAGAAAGAGAUGACUAUUUGAGAGCUGGAUGUGAAGAACAUCCGGAAUUUUGUGCCUUGCGUUUUUCGGAUGGAACCUGUAAUGAGGAAUGUAAUAAUGAAAAGUGUUUUUUUGAUGGCUUCGAUUGUGUUUUGAGUGCACAAGAAUGCAGACUUUCUGAUUACUGCGCCUUGCACUAUUUGGAUGGGAAAUGCGAUGAAAAAUGUGCAGUGGCAGAAUGCGGAUAUGACGGUAUGGACUGUGGCAGAAAUACGCUUCUUCAUGAUUUAACGGAGAGUAGCACGGUUGGCAUCAUUUUCGACGGAUCACCAGCUGCUGUUCUUGAUAAGAUAUAUUCACUUCUUGCAAAACUUGCACAAAAGCUACACAAUCCAGUACAUUUGGCUGUAGAUAAUAACAAUAAGACUCGGAUUUAUGAGUGGUCACUUGAAAAUGGAGUUGGACAAGAAAUCAAUUUAAAGAAGUGGGAAAUAUCAAGAAAUGCAACAGGUGUUUUGCUUUACGUGGAUAUUGAUUCGACGUUUUGUGAACGACGUCUCCAUUUGAAUAUGACAAAUGUUUUGCCGUGUUUUACGGAUGUUUUUGGUGCCGUUGCUUACCUUCAUACUGCUCUCUAUGAUGAGGCCAAGAACCGAAUAAGCUUGGGUGACGUUACUGUUGAAGGACUUUUCGUAGAAAGUGAUAGAAGCCGUUUUCUUCCAGUUUUUCCCGUCUUCAUUACGUUUUUGGUCUUCAUUGGAGUAAUACUAUCGUGUUUCUGCGGAAUUUAUGGAUUUUGUGAUGUGUUGGAGAAACGGAAUAUUGGCAGAAAUCAUGCUCCUGUUUGGAAAGUACCGCCUUCUUUGCAAAGUAAUGUCACCAGUUGGUCAACAUUACCAUCCACUGAAGACUACUUCCCAAAUAAGAAUUCUUAUCGAAAGGAUGGAUUACCGCCACUUUCUAAGCUUUUCUCAAGUUCAGCUUCUUGUAGGCGAGAACAACCGAAAGAUGUUAAUAAUGGUGAUGAAGAUUGUCAUUUGGGGCCAGACUUAUUAAAAGCAGUAAAAUGUAAUGACGUCGAAGCAGUGUCAUUUUUGGUACUUCAGGGAGCGGAUGUAAAUUGUUCUGAUUCGGAUAACAAUACAGCUUUGCAUCAUGCUGUAGUUGUAAACAGUGAUCAGAUUAUUCGUCUCCUGCUAAGCACUCACCGAUGCAAUUUACGGGCUGUAAAUGUCUUGGGACAAACACCACUUACUUUAACUGUUAAAUUUGCUCACGUCUCUGAUCUAUGCGCACGCUGCAUCCUUGAUUUCAUGUACACCGAGUAUUAUCGACAAACAAAACCACCAAAUAAUACUUCCGCCCCACGGUUAAUUUCUUCGCUUCCACAAAAUGGUUUAUCACAAUCAAUGUUUAUAACUUCUAGUAGUGUCCGACAAUUCGGUCCUUCUCUGAAGCAGGCAAAGCCAGAUGGUUGCAUUUUUGCUCGGGAUAUAUUGUCCGAAAAGGAUGAUCCGACUCUGACUGAUAUUUUCGGACGCACUGCUCUUCAUUAUGCUGCACUUAACAGACGUGUCGACCUUUUACCAGUGCUGUACGCAUUUGGUCUUAAGCUGGAUACUGAAGACACCAAGGGAGAAACGCCCUUAUAUCUGGCUGCCCGCGAAGGUCAUUUGGAUAUGGUUAAUUUAUUACUGUCAUUUGGCGCAAACAGUGAAAUCAGUGAUCAACUCGGACGUAUGCCGUUGGAUGUGGCGAGGGAAAGAGGGCAUUAUCUUGUUGUGGAAUUUUUAGAAAAUGCGGCAGUUAAUAAUCUUGAUAUUAUAAAAACACGAAAAAGAAAACGAAGUCAUAAGCUAUCCAAUGCAGCAAAAUGUAAAUCGACGGAGAAAUCUCAGAUUCCAGUUCCAUCUUCUCAGGAGACCAUUUCACUGAAUUCAUCAAGCUUUCCAAUUAAAUUGAAUGAAGAUUACAUGGAAGACGUUGGUGGUUACAUGGAAGACGAUUACAUGGAAGACGUUGAUAUGGCGAUAUCUAGCUCGUUCUUGAAUUCCAUUGAAUCAUUCGUACUUACACCACCCGGACAAGUACUGGCUGAAGCAGAAAAAGAGCUUGAUUUGAAUGUUGUGAAUUCAGCUUUCCCGGACUACAUCGAUCUUACGACAAAUUCAUGUUUGCCACCCGAAUUUUUCCCCAAUGAUGCGUUCUCCAUGGAGUCUUUCAAGGUGUGGGGAUUUUUGGAAUGA